CAGCUCAAAAACCAGACAGUUUUAUUUAUAAUAAGAACAUUUAUUAUUGCCACUUUGAACAUUGUAACAACACAGUUUUUACAUCAACACUGCACUGUGCUGCUUACAUAGAGGUAAAUAAAAUACAAAUUAAAUAAUGAUUAAAUUAAAAUGUAUUGCACCUAAAAGUGAAAUAAAAACUGUACUUAAAGAUUAAAUGAAAAUGUAUUGUACUUAAAAGUACAUGUUGCUGACAACUAACAUGAGCUUAAUGUGAUGGGUGUGUCUGUGAACACAGUCCUGAGAUGUCUGGGUCAAUGGAGGUCAGCUUUAGUCUCAGGUUUUGAACUUUUCAUAAUUUUAUCAUCCAACCUUUCACAAAAUUCGCUGCCCUCAAGUGUGCGUUUUUCAAGGCAACCGUUAUAGAACGCGUCACUUUAUUGUUUCCAUGGUGACGCGUCAUUGCUUGUCACGUGACCACAGCCACUGAAUGACCGAUGGUCUGCUUUUAUUUCCUUUUUUAUUCAAAAUAUUCACGAAUUUGUUAGCUAUACUAUAGCAUUACCUUUAUAAACAUCACCUUUAUAAUGAUCAUGUUAGUUGAGCUCUAUGCGCGAUGGGCGCCACCUGAUUAUAAUGGAUAGGUAUAUUAUUGCCGCUUCCAUAACCUUUUGAUUUUUGUUUAUCUGUUCACUUAACAAAAAAAUUCCUCACUACUGAAAUGAUCUAAUAAAGUUUAUUUUUAAAAAUGAAAAAAAAAAAAAAAAAAUCAGUGUGUAUUUUACAAACUCUAAAUAUAUUGUUUUUUUUUAGUACUUAUGUGAAUUUAAAUGUCUGAAACCUAAAAUAAACAUUAUGUGGAUGAAAACACUGAAUAGUUGUGAAUGAUAUGACUCCACUGAGCGGGUACGUCACUGGCUCAGCGCCAGACAACGCGCGAAAGCACAGUUUGAAUUUAUCAGUUGGUCUUUGGUAAGUCAUGCACUCACCGGUGAGAUCGAAAUUCAGUGAUUCCUCUGCGUACCACUAGAGGGAGUCUGCGCACCACACUUGAGAACCACUGACCUAGGAGGUGUGGUUACAACAGCAGCAAACACAGAUAAAUAACUGCAUUUCACCACACGUUGAAGUAAUCUCUCGGAUAAGGGACUUGUUUGAAGUUUAUACUGUACAGGAUUCAGGAUCAGGGUUGAAAUUACCUCACAGAAAAGAACACAGAACUUGGGACCGAUCCAGACCAGCGGCACCAAUCGGGGAGCAUAAACCAUGGCAGGAAAAAAGCAGACCAAUAGUAGCAGCAAUUUCUCCUCGGAGACCUCUGGUGCAGAGGUAUCAAGAUCACCAGCAGAGAUGCUGGACCCCACAGAGCGGGGAGCUACAGCCAGCCUUGCAUCGGAUAUUAAACGUGAGACUGAAGAGAAAGCACUUUGCACAGAUGACGAGGAAUCUCCUCCAUUCAAACAGACCAGAACCCAGAGCAAGGGAUCAUUCAAAAUGAGUCUUCCAGGCAAUACUUUAUUUGAAGAAAGCUUUGAUGAUAACGAAACUCUGUCGGAUGUCUUGAACAAAAAUCACAAGUUAAAAAAGCUGAAGAGUAACAGAAAGAGAAACCAGCUGCUGAUCACUGGGCAGAAAUGCUUGACUGGAAUUGUUCCUGUCCACCUGCCCUGCAGUUUUAUAACCAACACUGAGAGUUUUAAAAUCGAAUUCAUUGACGGUGAGGAAGAGAGUAGUUGUAGGAAGGAUUUUAAUCCAAACACACUUCGAAGAGAAAAACACAUCGUUUUUUACAUAGAUCCCAAAGGAAGUGGAAACAGAAUAAUCGUGAAAAACAAACACAUUAGCCAACAGGGUGUAACGCUGUGUAUUUAUGCCUUUAAGGGGGAGACAGUUCUGGAGGCUUUGCACAGGGACGGCAGAUUUAAGGAUGUGGUUUUCACAAAGGUGUGUCAACUGAGUGAAGUUGAUACGCAUUUCAACAUUUUUCUGAGUGUUUCUGUGGAUAAACUGAAUAAGAGGAAGUUCACACUGAUUGUUUCAAAUGAAGAGGCACCAGUCAGUCAGCAGAUGCUCAUUAAAACAGUGUCGAUCAAUAAGGCUACUGCUGAUCAUCAGGCUCCCAGUGUAGCUACUGGCGAACCUCAGUCUACCAGCACAACUGCUGGAGAUUUACAGCCUCCCAGUUCAGGUAAUGGGGAUUCCCAGUCAGUCAGAACAGGUAGAGGUACAGGUCAAUUUUACCCCCUACCUGACACUAAAGAAGUGUACAGUAUCCUCAAAUCUCAAAUGGAUGGUCUUAUUAAGUUAAUGGAAGAAAGAAAGAAAGAGACCAAAGACCAGCAACCAAUCAGGGAGCUGCUGAGACAGGAGUUUGGUAAAAACACAGAGAUAUUUACUGCGAUUCACACCAUACGAAGACAGACCGAACUCAGUGAAUCCGUCUGCUUCAUCACUGCACCAGCAACAGAUGGCACAGUUUGUCAGGGCACAGGUUUCCGUUUCAUUGGGAAUUGCAUUUUAACAUGUGCCCACAUCUUGGAUGAGUGCCAACCAGACCUCAUUACAAAGGUUUAUGUAACCUUUAAAUAUGAAAAACCAUUAUUAAAGUCUGAGCGUGAUGUUUUUGUAAAGCAGAUAGUUGCUCAUGACAGAAACAUUGACUAUGCUUUACUCGAGCUUGAUCUACCCCAGGAGCACCCUCCACUCCCCCCAGCACUGAUUGAUUUACUUGCCAUUCCUCAGACAAGUGGAGGGAUUUAUAUCAUUGGUCACCCAGAGAGUGAAGUAAAGUCAAUUGAUCUGUGUUCCAUUAUAAAGCCUGAGAACUGCACAGCCAAAGCAGAAGAGCACAUUACCAACCAUUCUGAAACACUAGAUGAAGCUGGAAAGGAAAGAUUGUAUCAGGCACUUAGCGGCUACACUUUUAAGGAGCUGAAAGACAGAAAUCGACUGUUUUACGACACCUGUUUUUACCAUGGCUCUUCUGGGUCUCCAGUCUUUAACGCCCAACAUCAGCUGGUAGCCAUGCAACAGGGAGGGUAUUUAUACCAUCUGGCCUCGAGAAAGAAACGGAGUGUGAUCGAGUAUGGCAUCCACAUGAUGGCUAUUCUUCAAAGCAUGCUGCGUUGUGAAAUAGCUGACCCUUUGCUACAGGAAAUGUGCAGAAUCUCUCUUGAGAAACCAGAGCUCAAAUCUGUUCUGAAGGCACUGGUAGAAGAUGCAUGCCGUAAACCAAGGACAAGGACAAUCUUAAAAUCCUGCUUGAAAUCCAAUCCACAAUACCACACGCUGCUGGAGUCUCUGUCCAACAAAAGCCGUGAUCUGGGUACCCUGCUUAUUGAAUGCAAGAAUACAGAACAACAGACUGAUCUGCCAUGAGUGUAGCCUUGGGGGUGUUGAGAUUGAUCAAGUGGCAUACAGGAUCACUCCUUUAAUUUGUGAAGUCAACACCAAGCGUUUCUGCUUCCUAUAACGCUGUCCCAUGAUGGUCUGCCUAUUUUCAUAUCGACGCUUAGUUUUAUUGGUAAAGCAUUUUAACCAUCCCCUCCCUUUCAUUUUUUCCAUAUCCUAAUAUGCGAUCUAACUUUUCAAAGUGGGAAAACAUUUAUUUUUACACACACACACACACACACACACACACACACACACACACACACACACACACACACACACACACACACACACACACAUA